AAGUUGAACAAACAGCACACGGAGGCAACCGGGCAGUAAACGUUAGCUAAGAAAGAGAAAAUUCGGUGGCGUGGGUAGGCUGGCGAUUAGCGAACCAAAACCCAACGCUAUCAAACAAACUCAGCCCUCUUUUUCUCUUUCUACAUUCCGCCAACCAACUAAUCUCCUGUUGUUUCGUCAAUCAUAAUCCAUGGCAGCAAUAGCAAGUCGAUUAGAUCUAUAGCCUUUUGAUUUUCCUAUAUUCAACCCUAACCAUUCGCCCAUUCAAUUUUCUUUGAUUCACUAGUCAUGGCUUCCGUGAAAUCCUCUCGGUCAAGAGCACACGCGGUCACUCCGUCUAAAGGAAUCAACAAAGAAAGCGGCACCAAGCUCGAAGAAAAUCUCAACGUCUUCAAAUCCGAUAAUUUCGAUGCUGAUGCCUUUGUUCAGUCCAAAUGUCAUUCUCUCAACGAGAAGGAAAUAAGGCAGUUGUGCUCGUAUCUAUUGGAUCUGAAAAGGGCUUCUGCUGAGGAAAUGCGCAAAAGUGUGUAUGCCAACUAUACAGCUUUCAUUCGCACAUCAAAAGAGAUAUCAGAUUUGGAGGGUGAGCUUUCAUCCAUGAAAAACUUGCUAUCUACUCAGGCAACUUUAAUUCAUGGUUUAGCUGAGGGGGUUCAUAUUGAUUCUUUGUCUGAUGAUGCUCCUGAGUCUACCUCCAACGGCUCUUCUAAUGAUGAAGUUAAGGAGCCUACGGACCUAGAGAAGUGGCUAACGGAGUUUCCUGAUCUCCUAGAUGUUCUGUUAGCUGAAAGGAGAGUAGAUGAAGCAUUGUCGAGUCUUGAUGAAGGAGAACGCAUUGCAUCUGAAGCAAAAGAGAAGAAGACGUUAGGUCAUGCUGUGCUUUUGUCACUACAAACUGCCAUUGCUGAACGUAGGCAAAAGCUAGCUGAUCAGCUCGCUGAAAUUGCUUGCCAACCUUCUACUCGUGGUGCAGAGCUUCGUGCUGCUAUUUCAGCUCUUAAAAAGCUUGGGGAUGGGCCCCGUGCUCAUAGUUUACUCCUUAAUGCUCAUUACAAGAAAUACCAAUUCAACAUGAAAAAUCUCCGUCCAUCUAGCACCUCUUAUGGAGGAGCUUAUACUGCCGCCCUUUCACAGCUGGUAUUCUCUGCCAUUGCUCAAGCAGCGACUGAUUCAUUGGCUAUUUUUGGUAAAGAGCCAGCUUAUACAUCCGAGCUAGUGAUGUGGGCUACUAAGCAGACAGAGGCAUUUGCACUUUUGGUCAAAAGGCAUGCAUUAACUUCAUCUGCAGCUGCUGGUGGCUUACGAGCUGCUGCAGAAUGUGUUCAAAUAGCUUUAGGACACUGUUCUUUAUUGGAAGCUCGUGGGCUUGCACUUUGCCCUGUGCUUCUGAAGCUUUUUAGACCUAGUGUUGAGCAAGCGCUAGAUGCCAACUUGAAACGAAUUGAAGAAAGCACUGCUGCUUUGGCAGCUGCUGAUGAUUGGGAACUCACGUAUCCACCAUCCGUUACACGUACAUCCGGUAGGCCAGCCGGUGCUGUUCUUGGCUCUACAGGGGCAUAUCAGCAUAAACUUUCAAGUAGUGCUCAUCGUUUCAAUUUGAUGGUUCAGGAUUUCUUUGAGGAUGUGGGACCAUUGCUAAGUAUGCAGUUGGGAGGGAAAGCUUUGGAAGGUCUAUUUCAGGUGUUUAAUUCUUACGUGAACACACUUAUAAGAGCAUUACCUGGCUCCAUAGAGGACGAGACCAGCUUUGAAGGUUCAGGAAAUAAAAUUGUUCGCAUGGCCGAGACUGAAGCUCAGCAAAUUGCUUUGCUUGCAAACGCAUCUUUAUUGGCAGACGAACUAUUGCCACGUGCAGCUAUGAAGCUUGCUCCCUUGAAUCAGGCUAAUUACAAGGAUGAUCUUCAAAGAAGAGCUUCAGAUAGGCAAAGCCGUCACCCGGAGCAAAGGGAAUGGAAGAAGCGUCUUGUGAAUUCAGUUGACCGGUUAAAGGAUAGCUUUUGUCAGCAGCAUGCUCUGGAUCUUAUUUUCACAGAGGAAGGGGACAGCCAUCUCUCUGCCGAAAUGUAUAUAAACAUGGAGGGGAACGCUGACGAGAUAGAAUGGUUCCCUUCUCUAAUAUUCCAGGAACUUUAUGUCAAACUAAACAGAAUGGCUGCCAUAGCUGCUGAUAUGUUUGUAGGAAGGGAAAGAUUUGCAAUAUUGUUGUUGAUGAGGCUUACAGAAACUGUCAUCUUGUGGCUUUCACAAGAUCAGAGCUUUUGGGAUGAUAUAGAGGAAGGACCAAGGCCAUUGGGUCAUCUUGGUCUUCAGCAGUUCUAUUUGGAUAUGAAAUUUGUCACAUGCUUUGCUUCGCAAGGACGCUACUUAUCUAGAAAUUUGCUUCGGGUUGUCAAUGACAUAAUCUCUAAAGCAAUGUCAGCUUUUGCUUCAACUGGGAUGGAUCCAUAUAGUGUUCUCCCUGACGAUGAUUGGUUCACUGAAAUUGCUCAAGAUGCGAUGGAGAGGCUGAGUGGAAAGCCCAAAGUUGCUAAUGGGGAAAGGGAUCUGAACAGUCCAACUGCCUCUGUCUCAGCUCAAUCUAUGUCUUCUGUCAGAUCUCACGGGAGUUAUUGAUGUAUAAUUAAUUCUACUGCUGUAAAAUAUGUGAUGAAUGAUUGAUCUUGGUUUGGUUAGCAAGUGUAUUGAUAGAAAGCUUCUCUUGUCUUCCUUUUUAUCUUUUUAAGGUUCCUUUUUAUUUUUUCCUUGGCAAAUUUGUAGAUUGUGCUGGAUGGUAGUGAGUUUAGGAAAUUCUUUGUAGUGUUCAUCAGGCAAGCAUUUGGAAUUUGUAUAUGCUGAUUUUAUUAUUUGAUCAUGAAUCCAAAGGCUCUUUGUCUCUUUUA